AUGGACUCAAAGUUACAAAUUUUCGUACUUUUUGGAAUUGUUGUCUUUCUAGUCUGCAGUGAGGCACCUUUUGUUAAAAUGACAAAUGCAGCCUGUGAAUCAUUCAACAAGUCGUGGGUCGCUUUCCAUUAUUGUCGACUGAAGGCCUACUCCCGAAACAAAACCAGCUUGAAUAUAAAUGCCACCUUUCUAGAGCCAACCAAUAACGUAUCUAUUAGGUUGAAGAUAUUGAAGAAAGCAAAUGGCUAUAAGCCGUUUUUGUUCGACUUUUCCUUCGAUGCCUGUGAAUUUAUGAGAAGGCGAAACAAACCCGUUGCAAAGAUUGUCUGGAAUUUAAUCAAGGACGUAUCCACUGUGAAUCAUACCUGUCCCUAUGUGGGUUUACAAACGGUAAGCGAUUUUCAUCAUAUCCAUAUUCCUCUGCCUUGGCCCUCUGGAGACUACUUAAUUUUUGGCGAUUGGUUUUUUUAUAAUAAGUUGAUCUUUGAAACAAACGUUUCUUUUACCUUUAUGGAGGAUUUGUAA